AGACGCACACAUAGAUAUCUGCUUCCCCUUAUCUUAUCCGUGUGGCUGGAAACUCAGAAACAAUGAAAAAUAAAAUAAACAUGAAACAUUUUCGACUUCAGUAAUCAAAUUCAAUACUGCAAGCCCUCUCUAUCAUUUUCAAAAGCAUUCAAAGAAAUAAAUUAAGCUUUCACCCAACUAUCCUAGUUUAAUUUUUCUCACCUUUCAAAUCCUAUGGCACAAGUUUCAGAGAAGGAGCUGAAUUCAAUGAGAAGGAGAGCGGCUACUGUUGCCAACCAUCUUGUUCCAGUUAUUUCAAGUUCUGAUUGCCAGUAUAUUGUGUUGAAUGAUGCAUCAAUGAAUGAUAGUUAUCACCGGAUACACGGUGAAGUUCCGACACAUAAAGUCGUUUGGAGAAAUGAAUGCGAUGAGUCCGGCAAGAAAUUCACUGACAUUAUCUAUAAGAAAGCUGUUGGUGAAGGCAUUGCCAAGAUUACGAUUAAUAGGCCAGAGAGAAGAAAUGCGUUUCGGCCACAGACAAUUAAAGAGCUUAUUUGGGCAUUUAACGAUGCUAGAGAUGAUAGUUCAAUUGGAGUCAUUAUUCUUACUGGGCAGGGAACCAAGGCAUUUUCUAGUGGUGGUGACCAGGCUUUGAGAACCACAGAUGGUUAUGCUGAUUAUGAAAAUUUUGGUCGUCUUAAUGUCUUGGAUUUGCAGGUACAAAUUCGGCGUCUUCCUAAACCUGUAAUUGCAAUGGUUGCAGGUUAUGCUGUUGGAGGAGGCCAUGUGCUUCACAUGGUUUGUGAUCUCACCAUUGCAGCAGAUAAUGCUAUUUUUGGCCAAACUGGUCCAAAGGUGGGAAGUUUUGAUGCUGGUUAUGGAAGUUCCAUCAUGUCUCGCUUGGUUGGACCUAAAAAGGCACGUGAAAUGUGGUUUUUAGCAAGAUUAUACACAGCUGCUGAAGCUGAGAAAAUGGGACUUGUCAACACUGUUGUACCUCUUGAGAAUUUAGAAAGUGAAACCAUUAAAUGGUGCAGAGAGAUCCUAAGGAAUAGCCCAACCGCUAUUAGAGUUCUCAAAUCAGCUUUAAAUGCAGUUGAUGAUGGCCAUACUGGACUCCAGGCACUUGGAGGAGAUGCCACACUCUUAUUUUAUGGCACCGAGGAAGGAAAUGAGGGAAAAACAGCGUAUGUGGAUCGCAGGCCCCCAGAUUUCUCAAAAUUUCCUCGACGACCUUAAUCUUGAGUUACUCUAUCUUCUUAGUUCAUCAUUGACAUAGACUUACUUGGCUGCCGCGCCUGUGGCUAAUAAUGGAGAAAAAAUUGAGUACCUUGAAUAACGUGCAGUGCACAUUCAGUCUUGUUAGGAAUAAUGUUUUGUCAAUAAAGUCUCACAGUUGGCUGUACCAUCCUAAAAUGAGCAAUGUUAUGUGUAUUUAUUUUUUAUACUCAA